UUGUUUGUUUGUAUCAUGACAGAGCGUAUAGAUAAGACAGCAGAGAUACAGCGAUCAUCGAUAGACAUUGAAGAGCAAGGAGUGAGAUUAAGAUUAACAGUGGUUGAUACGCCAGGGUUUGGAGACUCUGUCAACAGUGAAAACAGCUGGGGUCCAAUCAUCUCGCACAUCGAGAGCAAGUUCGAACAGUAUUACCGAGAUGAGAGUGGAUUAAAUAGAAAGAAUCUCAUCGAUGAUCGAGUUCACUGCUGUCUCUAUUUCAUCUCACCUUAUGGACAUGGAUUAAGACCAAUAGACAUCGAGUUCAUGAAGCGGCUUCACGACAAAGUGAACAUUGUACCGAUCAUUGCAAAGGCAGACUGUCUCACCAAGACUGAAGUCAAGCGGAUGAAAGACAGGGUAUUACGUGAGAUAUCCGAGCAUGAGAUAGGUAUCUAUGCAUUCCCUGAUUGUGAGUCUGAUGAAGACGAAGAUUUCAAGAAACAAGACCAAGAACUCAAGGCCAGCAUUCCAUUUGCAGUCAUCGGUAGCAACACAGUAGUCGAAGUGAACGGGAGGAGAGUUAGGGGGAGAUUAUAUCCAUGGGGUAUUACGGAAGUGGAGAACCCGAAGCAUUGUGACUUCGUCAAGCUCAGGAAUAUGCUCAUCAGGACACACAUGCAAGACUUGAAGGAUGUAACACGUGAUGUACAUUAUGAGAACUACCGUCUUGGAAGGAUAAGAGGAGGUGGAACUCAACUCCAUCGGGAAAGAAGCAAGAAUGAAAGCAAACUCAAACGUGACUCGGGAGUCUUCGACGAAGUCGCCGAAAAAGACCGAAUGCUGGAGCAAAAAGAGGUCGAACUGAGACAGAUGCAAGUUAUGCUGGAGAAGAUGCAACGCGAGAUGGCGGUAACACAGCGAAAUUCACGCGGCGAUAAUUUACAAUACGACGACAGACGCUCGAGCACAGUGGAAGUAUGAUAGUCAUAGUCAGUUCUUAAACGUAUAAUCAUUCAUGACUUGUGUAGUUUCAGGAAUAUAUAGUUUAUGAAUAUGUAUAUAAACGACUUUUGUAAUGACUAUACAAUGUAGAUAGAUCAUAUUGCAUCUAGCGUAUAUUAUCAGAAUUUGAUAUAUUGCUUUUGUAAUUGUUUCAGAGAUUCGCUGCUGACCUCUGUUUUUACCCUCUAUGCAGACCCAACUUUGGAAUAUUAUUUUACCCGUUUCCUAUCUUUACAACUAUUUCGUAUCGAAAUAAUGGGUAUAUACCCAAUUUUAGUUAGUCUGUUUAGUCUAUAGGAAAGACAUGUUUUUAUACAAAUUGAUUAGUUAUGCAUCCUUUAAAAAACAUAUUUAAAAUUUAAAUUAAGAUUGAUUAAUCCUGUGUUGUAUUUCGAAUUCAUAUUUCAGAACAAGAAUCAGAUAAGGCUGAAUACAAUUCUUAGGACGUAGAAGGAUAGAUUUAUUUAUUUAUAUAUAAUUAUACUAGAACAGAGUUUAAAUGAGACUGGUGUUAACACCGAAGAAAUAUAUAAAGAUCAAAGAGUAUAGUUAGAAGAGGAGGAACGUUGAGCGUGGAGAAAGAAUGAAGUAAACGAAUAAGAUGGUAACAAAAAUGAUAAUGGUCAGUCCUUUUUAUUCAAUUGUGGUAAUUAUACACGAGGCCUGUUUCAUAAAACUUGUUAUUAAUAACAAAUGCUAAAUUUGUAUGACAAUUUGUGUUCUCAGCCAAUCAAAAGCUACGAUUUCAGUAGCUUAUAACAGUCAUUGUAACUUGUUAUUGAUAACAUGUUUGGUAAAACAGGGUCUUGGUCAGAGUGAUAAGCGCACCACAUUCGGUAUAACAAUGUUGGCUGAAAUAUAAUUAAUAACAUCGGGGACGCAUUUAGAUUCAAUGGUGUCGGAAAUGAGCGCUUUACAAGAAGAUAACAUAAUAAUCUUUACUGAGACUAUACUAAUCAUAAGAGAAUGCAGGAAAUUUAGAAGGAUGAAAUAACUUAUAGUACAGAGUCAUAUUUAAUUAAAAAUAAAUUAUUUUGUUGACAUCGGGUGAAAUGUGCGUGAUAGAAAUAAUACUAUUCACGGGAAACUGGAUGCUUCAGUAACUCAUAUUAUGUGUAUAGCAGAUGAGCAGUUUGGAAUUAUUUGAAAAUUGCCUUUGGAAUGGCCGUUGAAAUCAAAGUAUAAUAUAUAGAAAGGUGUGAGGUAGCCUACCAAAAGCCAUGAUCUUUAAAUAUAUAUUCGUAUAAUAAACUGCAAAUAUUUGAGAUGCAUAGAAAGAAAGCAUUGAUACAUCUUUCAAUUAAAGUCAUUAUCUGUUCGCACCAUGAUGUAAGAUGUUCUUUCUGGGUUUUUGAAAUUAUAUAUACCGUACAAUAUCUUAACGGUUUUUUGUUCCAUUUUUUUCUUUUUGUCAAACGCACACAGAAUAUAUGAUGUGAUUUUAUUCAAAUAUGUUCAUAUUUCAUCUCAUUAAAGCAUGAUAUCUUUUUUCCUGAUUAUCUUGCUGUACGCAGAAUUGUGUAAUGACUCUGUGUUAUUUCAUUUUUAAAUGUAAAAUAGUAUCUAUGCUUCUGCUGAAAUCAAAUCGAAAUGUAAAGUUAAAAGGAAAUGAAUGAGAUAUUAAAAUCAUUCGUUUAAAUGUUUUAUAUUAGUUUCAAGAUAUGUAAUAAAAAUAACAAUAUAAAAUACA